UGCAGAUGUGUUUUUGGUAACUACAACUAGGUAGCGCGCUCAAACGCCUCGGAACUUUCCGCCCAUUUCCGCCAAUGCAUCGUCUUGUAACCUCACACUGCCACCAUUUUGCUCUCGUGUGUAUGCGUGCGUGCACAGAUUCGGUGUAAACUGGAGAGACAAGAGGAACGAAAGCGGAGGCACUGAAAAAAAAAAAUCUACAGAAAUGGACGGCAUCGGUGACGUUGCAGUUGGAGUGAAGAGAGGAUCAGACGAGCUGAGUAUGUACAACAGUCCCAACUCUGGCAUGAGCAGUAUCAGUGAUGGGGCUUCCAAUGGCAGUGACAGUAAAAAGCUGAGAGUGGAGGAGGCCCCACCAUCGCGUGUCCUUCACAUCAGGAAACUGCCCAAUGAGGCCUCAGAGACUGAAGUCAUCGCCCUCGGCUUGCCUUUUGGGAAAGUCACCAAUAUCCUCACACUGAAAGGAAAGAACCAGGCAUUUUUGGAGAUGGGGACAGAAGAGGCAGCCAUUACUAUGGUCAACUACUACACCACUGUCACUCCUCAUGUCCGCAAUGUCCCUGUCUAUAUUCAAUACUCCAAUCACAAAGAACUCAAAACUGAUGCUGGCAAUCAGCGGACCCAGGCAGUGCUUCAGGCAGUGUCUGCAGUCCAGUCUGGGGGGUCACCAAGCUCAGAUGUACAGGAGGCUCUCGCUGCAGCCUCCAGUCCUGUGCUGCGGAUCAUCAUCGACAACAUGUUCUACCCUGUAACGCUGGAUGUACUGCAACAGAUUUUCUCCAAGUUUGGCACAGUCAUGAAGAUAAUCACAUUCACAAAGAACAAUCAGUUCCAGGCCCUUCUGCAGUUCAGCGAUCCGGUCAAUGCACAGCAGGCCAAACUGGCACUGGAUGGCCAGAACAUCUACAAUUCAUGUUGCACACUGCGUAUUGACUUCUCCAAGCUGGUCAAUCUAAAUGUCAAGUACAACAAUGAUAAGAGUCGCGACUACACGCGACCCGAGCUGCCUGCUGGUGACGGCCAGCCCAGCCUCGACCCCACGGUGGCCGCUGCCUUCAGCAAAGACUCCAACUCCCUCCUCGGUAAGAUCCCAGGAGCCCUGAACCCUCUGAGUGCGGCAGCGGCGGCUGCUGCUGCUGCAGGGAGGGUGGCCCUAGCUGGACAGGCGGGGUCCAGUGGGGUCCUGCUGGUCAGCAACCUCAAUGAGGAGAUGGUUACGCCCCAAAGUCUGUUUACCCUCUUCGGAGUGUAUGGUGAUGUCCAGAGGGUGAAAAUUCUUUACAAUAAGAAGGACAGCGCUCUCAUUCAGAUGUCAGAUGCCAACCAGGCCCAGCUAGCAAUGAGCCACUUAAAUGGCCAAAAGAUGUACGGGAAGAUCAUCCGUGUCACACUGUCCAAACACCAGACAGUUGCGCUGCCUCGCGAUGGCCUGGAUGACCAGGGACUGACCAAGGAUUAUGCCAACUCCCCACUUCAUCGCUUCAAGAAACCUGGCUCCAAGAACUUCCAGAACAUAUUCCCGCCAUCUGCCACCCUCCACCUCUCCAACAUCCCUCAAGAUGUGACAGAGGAUGACCUGCGGCUGCUCUUCUCCAAUGCUGGUGGUACUGUGAAAGCGUUCAAGUUUUUCCAGGAUCGUAAAAUGGCUCUGAUCCAGAUGUCAACAGUGGAGGAGGCCAUCCAGGCCUUGAUUGACCUUCACAACUACAACAUGGGAGGCAACCAACACCUGAGAGUCUCCUUCUCCAAAUCCACCAUUUAAAAACCUGACCCGCAACACUCAUGACAGUACCGGGCUUUACUGUCAGAAACCUUUGAGACUGUGUCUGGACACACUGAUUGAGUCAGUUUUUUUUUUGUUGGGUUUUGUUGAUCCUGUCAUUCCUUGAGAGAGACUGAAACCUUUGACUUGCAUCCUUUUUUUAAAGAGAACAGUUGAGUACAUUGCAGAUACUGGAUGCUCUCAGCUAUUCUUUACUAUACCUUUGUAUUUUUAUGUCAAGCAAAAUAUUGACAUGAUUGUCCCCUUAUAUGGUAUGAUAGUUUGAUGUAGAUCAGUGUUUAAUUGUUGAUUUAGUCGAAAAGAUACAGCAACUCAUGUGCCUUACUUGACAAAAUCAACUGUUUCUACAGCUGGACAUGUUCUCUAAUUACCCUUCUGUGCUUUUGGAGCACAUUGGUAUUCAAUAUUUUUGGAGGUUAUUGAGAACACAAGCUGUUCUGUCAUUCUCUAGACAUCAUCACAGUUUUUGAAGCUAUGCCUUGUUGAUUGGCAGAGCUUUUUUUUGUUUGUUUGUUUUGUUCAGAAUUUAAGAUAUAUACAUUUUUUUUUCAGUUAAGCAACAGAAGAGAAUAUUCCUGAGGCAACAAGAGUUUUUACAGCAGCCUUGGACGGGCAGUUUAACUUGAAUUCCAUUAUUCCCCAAGUAUGUUCAGUUUAAGAUUUGUUCACAUAAAGUCACAUAUCAUAAUGUGGCUCAUGGCUAAGUAUUUCUUUAUCUGUGUUUUUGAAGCCUUCCUUGCUCUUUUCCAUAGCGGUGAGGUGUAAUUGUCCGUGACAGUGGUUUUCUAAGCAUGUAUAGUUAUGAUAGGAUCUCGCAUCAGAAAGUGUUGCAUGCUGUGGAAGCAGUUAGGAUACGAGUCCACUGUGAUCUCAUUGUCAUGUGACAGUUUACUUGAGAGGGCUACUCAGUUGGACCAAAGUUUCUGUGCCUUUAGUGUUCCUUUAAUUCAUUUUGACAAAGAAAAGCAUUUGAAGAUACUGAAAUGUUGCAUUUCAAGGAAAAAUGCUCAGAAUUUUAAGUGUUGAGUUUAUUCCCUUUUUUUAUAAAUACCCAACAGGACCUCUUGACUCGAGGUGUUUGCUCAGAAAUACUAGUUAUGUAUAUUUUUUCUUCCAAGUCCAAUUUUUAUACAGCUCAAAAUGUAAGGAUUUGGUGUCAUUCUGAAGAGGCACAAUUAAAGGAUGAAUUAUUUUCUAACAAGGGGAGGUGCGACUUGGUUUCCUGCUUUUUGAGUUUUCCCUCUCAUGGUCUCUCUCGUGUAUUCUGCAUUACGUCUGUAGCAUGCCUAAUAAAACUAUUCUGUAGCUCUGCAUUCACCUCCUCUGUCUUUCUUCUCUGUUCUGUCUGCUCCACUCACUCCUGAAACCAUCUUCAGUCCCAGGGUGGGAAGGAAGCCAAAAUUCAUUUUGGAGCCACUUGAAAACAAGCUCUAAUAAGCCAGAUUGAGCCCUCUGAUGGUACUAAUUCUCAAGACAAGAAGUACAUUUUGUUGAUGCGUUUCCCACCCUGCCAACUGACACAAUCUAUUCCUUUGAUGUCUUGCUCUUCUCUCCUCUGGUAGUUUCCUAUUUUCUAAUCAGUCUCUAAGGGCCUCUGCUCUCCUAACAAUCUAUCUGAUCUAUCUACUUGCUCUCACACCUUUAUCAAUUACAUGAAUGGUUGCAGUUGUCAUUUUUCCCAAGCUUUCUGCAUUUUACUGCCAGCUUUGGAGCAUCUUUGAGUAAUACUGCUACAGACACAUCCAAUGCUUACAUAUACCUAUGGUAAAUAGCAUGUGUUAAGCCACUUAGAGCGACACUGUAUUGCAGCAGAAUGCCAUGGAGCACAAGAAUGGGAUACUGUUGAGGAUCUCUCAUUUCGGACACAGGUUUGGUCUAUGAGGAAAGAAAAGUGGGUGACCUUAACCACUAUUCAGUCCUGCCUUGGGGGGAAUUAUUUAGUCGAUGCUUUGUUGACAAAUGUCAUUAUGUGAGUCAGAAGUAUAUCUUAAAUCUGUUAGUUCUGAUAAUAAAUCUGAGCCUGUUCAUAUAUUUGGCACAGCCAGAAACCAAGGUUUAAGAGAACUCAUUGUAUUCAUGUGCUCCAUUGGUUUCCAAAAAUCCAUUGAAAAACAGUCAGAGAGAAAUAAUGCAUAGGUUUGUUCAUUUUCUUUUCUUUUGUGCUGGCAGCAGUCGUGGCUGGAGGCAUUACAUUUUCUCUCCAUACAUCCCAUUGUUAUGAGUUCAGUAUCUCAGAAACACCUGAACCUGAACUUCCAUUAUGUUUGGCAAAAAUGCCAGCUUGCAAGGAGGUGCUUAGAAUUUGAUGAUCAAAGAACGUAACUCAAGAUUUCACACGGUGAUUAUGACAAAGUUUUACACAAAUGUCUCAUAGGAUAAAAUGAAGAAGAGAUGAUGUUUUGUAUCCAAAAGGUUAAAGGUCAGCUCCACUGUAAUAUGUUUUUUGUUCAGUAUUCAACACCAUAACUCAGGUACAGAAGGGCAAAUUGUGACCAUUUUUUUUACAUUUGUUCAGAUACUGAAUUGAUUGGUAACUGCUGAUUGUAGAUCUGUGCUGCUGGAUUUAAGAUGUUAUGUGGAGGAAGCAUCCUUGUUUAAGAUUUUGUAGCUUCUUCGUGUUCUAUCAGAAUCACUUUCAUUGACCAAGCAUGUGAACGAAGUACAAAGAAUUUGACAGCCUCAGCUGAUUGUUGUUGCACCAGGUGAUGGAAGUUCUCCAUCUGUCCUUGGUAAAAAUUCUCUCUAAUUGAAGACUGCAUGUUCCUCACUGGAACCAUGCUAGUCAUUUUAACAGAAAAACAAAAUGAAAAAUGAAAUAAAUAAACAUAAAGCUAAUAGAUAAAUUCCUUCAAAAUCUUAAUAAAUUAUGAGUUUGGACACAUGGAUAUAAGCUGCAACUUCAGUUUAUUUCCUCCAGGUAUCAAUGAAGUAUUCUGAUUCUGAACUGGCUGGUGGAGGUACCCAACCGCAAGGCCGUACCAUGUACCCAGUCCAGGGCUCUUAGUUGACACUGAAGACGCUGAGGUCAUGUCCCGAGCAUUAUAUCUUGGAAAGUUUUAACAUCGUUGACGAACAUUUUACCAACCUCCAGAUCCCCUCUACAAAAUGCACAUUUGUUUUGGUCCAGUCUCAGCACUCUCACCAACCUGGUUUCCAGCUGCAGUAGGCAGCUUUUUAUGGCGAAGUAGCUCAGUCUGGAAGUAAAUAGGCAACUGUUUGCCUAUUUAAUUUUUUAUUAUUAUUAUUUUCUUCUUUUUACACAUGAAAGUGUUUUUCCAGGAUUUACAACUACUGCUUUAUUGUGUUAAAAAAAAAAGUUGCCUAUAGUGUCUGAAGAAUGGCCUGUGUGAAGUCCAAUAUACACCAAUCAGCCGCAACAUUGAAACCACUGACAGGUGAAGUGAGUAAAAUUAAUCAUCUGUUUGCAAUGCGAUGUUCUCUGGAAAAACCUUGGGUUCUACCAAUCAUGGACCUCUGUGGGUACUUUGUGGUCCCAGACAUUGGAAAGUUGGAUGCUUUGGAUCCUGUGCAUUGAGGGUGGGGCCUCCCACACGAUUUCCAGAACCCAAGGUUUCCCCACACAACAUGGCAUAUGAUUCAUUUUAUUCACUUCAGUUGUCAGUGAUUUUAAUGUGGUGUAUAUCCCCAAGUAACGUCACUUAAGUCAGGGUACUUGGCUGGACCAAGGAUCAACAAGGGUUUAUUUUUGGUAGUAUCUAUGCUGUAAUUAAGGAAAGUCCUCCAUUGAGUAGCUGAUUGAAGUUUAUUUAUUCAAUAAAAAUAUAUUCUGUAAAUAGUUCUCUUACACUUGUUAAAUUAGCAAUUCUGAUUAGUCCUAAACAAGAUCCAGUUUAAUCCUUGCCCAUUUCUAAUAUGGCUACGGAUAAACUAGUUUGUUUAACAGAUGCUGAUAGUGGUGUACUUUCUCAUCCCUACUGAAGACUACAAGGAAACAUGCAAACUUAUCAGAUCUCUGUAGUCCAACUCCAGGCUUCAGGCUCCAUUAGCUGCUACUAGCAUAACACAAUCCAAUCACUGAUGAAUGAUAGAACUAGACAGCAGACCUGAAGAUGGCACCUGUUCUCUCUCCAUUUACACAUAUGGAAUCAAAACCUCUGUGGAUCAAAAGUUCACAAUAGAAUCAUAAUUGGUGGUCUGUUGGGGAAAAAUGUCUUUUGGGCCAUAGUGGAAUUCUUGAUGAAACGCUGCAAGUGGCUACUGGGCAAAAAUGUCGUAUCAGGUCUAAAUACUACAUUCAUAAUCCCAAUGUCUGAUAAAACUGUUGUGGCUGAGAUGGACUCUGUAUAAUGUAGUUGCCAGAUUUUGUCAAGGAGGAGGAAUGUGUGAAAUAAAAUGAGAUCUAUUUUAUAGA